AUGUUCAUCACAAUUCUCGAAUGUUCAAAUAAUAAUUAUGGAGGUGUAUAUUCAGCAAGGGUUCCAGCGAUGUUUGUGUUUGGAGAUUCAUUGGUUGAUGUUGGCAACAACAACUAUCUCAACUCCAUAGCCAAAGCCAAUUACUUUCCUUAUGGAGUGGAUUUUAGUAUAGGCCCCACAGGGAGAUUUUCCAAUGGCAAGACCUUCGUUGAUAUACUUGGAGAGAUGCUAGGUGUGCCUUACCCUUCAGCCUUUGCAGAUCCUAACACAGCUGGAGCCAGAAUACUUGGGGGAGUUAAUUAUGCCUCGGCGGCAGCUGGCAUCCUUGAUGAGACAGGCCAACACUAUGGACAAAGAUAUAGCCUUAGCCAGCAAGUGCUGAAUUUUGAGAUCACUUUAAAUCAACUAAGAAGGAUGAUGAACGGAACGACCCUUACACAGUACUUGGCCAAAUCCCUAGCAGUUUUGGUGUUUGGAAGCAAUGACUACAUCAAUAAUUAUCUGAUGCCUUCAAUCUACUCUUCAAGCUAUAACUAUAGCCCUCCAGAAUUCGCCAACCUUCUACUCAAUCACUUUGCCCGUCAACUUGUGGCAUUGUAUAGUCUAGGACUGAGAAAAUUCUUGAUAGCUGGAGUUGGACCUCUUGGUUGUAUUCCUAACAAAAGAGCCAGUGGUCAAGCCCCUCCUGAUAGAUGCGUUGAUUAUGUGAAUGAGAUAUUGGGCACCUUCAAUGAAGGCCUCAAGUUAAUUGUUGAUCAAAUGAACACACGCCCAGGCACAAUCUCUGCAUAUGGAAACACUUAUGCUGUUGUCGGUGACAUCCUAAAUAACCCUGCCACUUAUGGAUUCAGUGUAGAGGAUAGGGGUUGCUGCGGCAUUGGGAAAAAUCAAGGCCAAAUAACAUGCCUUCCCUUUCAGAUUCCGUGUAGUAAUAGAAAUGUCUAUGUAUUUUGGGAUGCCUUCCACCCAACACAGAAUGUGAAUACCAUUUUAGCCCAACGGGCCUUCAGUGGACCACCAAGGGAUUGCUAUCCCAUUAACGUCCAACAAAUGACGCUCAUCUACUGAAGUCAUCAACGACUUUGACAUGUAUUACUCGCUGGCUGUUUUCCCAUCAAUCCGCUUUUACUUUACUGCUUGUUUCUUAAUAAUGUUCAAUAUUAAUUGAUGAAUUUCAAC